ACCACCACUAUCCCCUUCACCGGAAAAACAUGAGAGUUUCCGCCGGUGGUGGCGGCCCUUUAGGGCCUCGUUUAUGGCCUAUAGUCAUCCUCUUAGCGGUAUUUGGUGUUACUAACCUUGUAGCUGUUUCGGCUGAUCAUCCUUACUUGUAUUCUUCACCACCUCCGCCUUAUGUUUACAAGUCUCCACCACCACCAUCACCUUCUCCACCACCACCAUAUGUGUACAAGUCACCACCUCCACCAGUGCAUUCACCACCGCCGCCUUAUGUGUACAAGUCUCCACCUCCUCCAGUACAUUCACCACCACCACCUUAUGUGUACAAGUCUCCACCUCCUCCAGUACAUUCACCACCGCCGCCUUAUGUUUACAAGUCUCCACCACCACCAUCACCUUCUCCACCACCACCAUACGUGUACAAGUCACCACCUCCACCAGUGCAUUCACCACCGCCGCCUUAUGUGUACAAGUCUCCACCUCCUCCAGUACAUUCACCACCGCCGCCGUAUGUUUACAAGUCUCCACCACCACCAUCACCUUCUCCACCACCACCAUACGUGUACAAGUCACCACCUCCACCAGUGCAUUCACCACCGCCGCCUUAUGUGUACAAGUCUCCACCUCCUCUAGUACAUUCACCACCGCCGCCAUACGUGUACAAGUCACCACCUCCACCAGUGCAGUCACCACCGCCGCCUUAUGUGUACAAGUCUCCUCCUCCUCCAGUACAUUCACCACCGCCGCCUUAUGUUUACAAGUCUCCACCACCACCGCCUUAUGAGUACAAGUCUCCACCACCACCUUCACCAUCUCCUCCACCGCCUUAUGUGUACAAGUCUCCUCCACCACCGGUGCAUUCACCACCACCGCCUUAUGAGUACAAGUCUCCACCACCACCAGUUCAUUCACCACCGCCACCAUAUGUGUACAAGUCUCCACCACCACCGAUGCAUUCGCCACCACCACCUUAUGUGUACCAGUCUCCACCACCACCGGUUCAUUCGCCACCACCUCCUUAUGUGUACAAGUCUCCACCACCACCAUCACCGUCUCCUCCUCCAUCUUAUGUGUAUAAAUCUCCACCACCACCGGUGCAUUCUCCACCACCCCCUUACUUGUACAAGUCUCCACCACCACCCUCACCGUCUCCCCCACCACCUUAUGUGUAUAAAUCUCCACCACCACCAGUACAUUCACCACCGCCUCCUUAUAUCUACAAGUCUCCUCCUCUGGUGCAUUCUCCACCACCACCAUACUACUACAAGUCUCCGCCACCACCUGUGAAGUCUCCGCCACCACCAUACUACUACAAAUCUCCUCCUCCACCGGUCAAGUCACCACCACCUCCAUACUACUACAAAUCCCCACCACCACCAACUAAAUCACCUCCCCACUACUACUACACUUCUCCACCACCACCCACUCCCUACCACCAUGAAGUGAUCGUAAAAGUCGUCGGGAAAGUUUACUGUUACAGCUGCUACGACUGGACGCAUCCAAUUAAAUCCCAUGCAAAGCACCAUCUCAAAGGUGCUGUUGUGGAGGUCACAUGCAAGGCUGCUGGUGAGAAAGAAAUUGUUGCGUAUGGAAAAACGAAGAUCAAUGGAAAAUUUGCAAUUACUGUUGAAGGUUUGGACUAUUCAAAAUAUGGAGGAGCUGAAGCUUGUGUUGCUAAGCUUCAUAUGGCACCAAAUGGUACCAAAUGUAGCAUCCCAACAAAUCUCCAUGGGGGUUUGAAGGGGGCUGAGCUUAAGGUCAAGUCCAAGAAUGAUUAUGAGGUUGUGCUAUACGCUAAACCAUUUGCAUUUGCUCCUAAGACCCCUUACAAGAUUUGUGAGAAGCCAAAACCGAAGCCUACUCCUGCUCCUUACUACUACAAAUCUCCACCACCACCUACACCAACUUAUAUAUACAAGUCUCCGCCUCCACCAUCACCGAUAUAUCUAUAUAAGUCUCCUCCCCCACCUGCACAUUCACACCCAACACCGUAUAACUACAAAUCACCUCCACCACCUAAAAAGUCACCUCCUCCGCCAUAUCACUACACCUCACCUCCACCGCCUAAGAAGUCACCUCCUCCCACUUACUACUACACAUCUCCACCCCCGCCAGUUAAAUCUCCACCCCCACCAUACCAUUACACAUCACCUCCACCACCCGUGAAAUCCCCACCCCCACCAUAUUAUUACACAUCUCCUCCGCCACCGGUGAAAUCUCCACCCCCACCAUACCACUAUACAUCACCUCCACCACCAGUGAAAUCUCCACCCCCACCAUACUAUUACACAUCUCCUCCGCCACCGGUGAAAUCUCCACCCCCACCAUACUAUUACACAUCUCCUCCGCCACCGGUGAAAUCUCCACCCCCACCAUACCAUUAUACAUCACCUCCACCACCAGUAAAAUCACCACCACCUCCAUACCACUACACCGCUCCUCUCCCACCAAUUAAGUCCCCACCACCUCCUUACCACUACACGUCACCUCCACCACCGGUAAAAUCUCCACCACCUCCAUACCACUAUAUCUCUCCUCCCCCACCGGUUAAGUCCCCACCACCUCCCUACCACUACACAUCACCUCCACCACCGGUCAAAUCUCCACCCCCACCAUACCACUACACUUCACCUCCUCCACCAAAGAAAUACCCACCACCACCGUACCAUUACACAUCACCUCCACCACCAGUGAAAUCUCCACCCCCACCGUAUCAUUAUACAUCACCUCCACCACCCGUAAAAUCUCCACCACCUCCAUACCACUACACCUCUCCUCCCCCACCGGUUAAGUCCCCACCACCACCUUACCACUACACGUCACCUCCACCACCAGUAAAAUCUCCACCACCUCCAUACCACUACAGCUCUCCCCCACCACCGGUUAAAUCCCCCCCACCACCCUACCACUAUAUAUCACCUCCACCGCCGGUGAAAUCUCCACCACCAUCAUACCAUUACACUUCACCACCUCCGCCAAAGAAAUCUCCACCACCACCAUACCAUUACACAUCACCGCCACCACCUGUGAAAUCUCCUCCCCCUCCCUACCACUACACCUCACCUCCUCCACCAGUUAAAUCCCCUCCUCCUCCAUACCACUACAUAUCACCUCCACCACCCGUUAAAUCUCCCCCUCCACCAUACCGUUACACUUCGCCUCCACCACCCGUUAAAUCUCCUCCUCCACCAUACCAUUACACUUCACCUCCUCCACCAGUAAAAUCACCUUCCCCACCGGUUUACAUCUACGCUUCCCCUCCACCCCCGGUUCAUUAUUAGGCUCCAAUAAUUUGAUCGUGUGCAAGUUACAAUCAUGUCUUAUUUAAGUAUUUGUACAAUAAAGAAAGCUCCACAACGAGAAGUUCAAGAACUAGUUCAUCAAAGCCCAAUCAUAUCUAAUAAGGUCUUACAUCGCACUACAAAGCACCAAUCUUUUGGUUUAUGACCAUUUCCUCUAUACUUCAUUAUUGUAGGUCAUCCUCUCUCAACGAAGAACUAGAAGCGAUAAUUUGUUAACUAAAAAACAAGUAGAGUUAAUUACCAUUGAAAGAGGGUGAUCAUAUGAGUGAUUUUGAUUAUUUGUGUUUUUUUCAUUUUAAUUUAUUAUUGUAUAAAGAGGUAGAUGAUCACAUUUUAAUACUUAUAAAUGAUUGAUUUGAUUAUUUCUUGUCAUCCUUGUUGCUUCUUGUAUCCUUUUAAUACAAACCACACAUAAAUCUA